GCCCUCCGGUUAGAGGCUGACAUUUUUUCAGAUCCUGGUUUGUUUAUACGGCUGUUCACUGCCUCGGAGCAGCUCGGCAUUCUACUGUCAUUAGGAAGCCGUUUUUCUGGCUUUUGCAUUCAUGGAUGAUAUUUAAAACCUUUAGUGAUCGCUUAGCUAUAGGUGGGGCUCAGGCAGCAAAAAUCGUCGUACUGUAGUGUAGCAAUGUAUAUUGUCAGCUAGCUAGUUAGCAUAGUACCGCUACAGCAAUGAUGUGACGUUGACAGGAAAGUGUUCUCAUGCAGCCCGAGACCUCUUCACGGUACCGUUACAACCGAAAAUAAACAAAAGACAGAUGUGUCAUCUCGCUUAAAUCGUUCGCAGGCUAGGCUUUUUAGUCAAAGUGGGCAAGCUACAGAGCUAAAUUCAUGUUAGCAUGGCGUCAGACACAAGUGACACGGAGGAGUUCUACGAUGCUACGGAGGACGUACAUUUCAGCCCAUCUCCUAAAGUGUCUCCGACGAAGUUUCAGAUUCCUUCACCUAAGCUCUCCCAGAAAUCUGAUGAAGGGUGCUGUGAAGGGGCAGCUGCUGAUGCUACUCAAGAUGAUUCGCUGCAGAUCAUUGACAGCAUCAUUGAGGAAAGUCAAAAGCAAAAUGGCUCUGCUGCUGUUGCUGACCUGUUGGAGCAACUCCAUGUUGACGUGACUUUGGAAGCAGAGUCAAAGGAAGAGCGUGAUAGCGCUCAGGAAGUUCCUGUGCAGCCAUCAGUGGCAGCUGGUGAACCUCAACCAAGGCCAGCAGUUGAGGAGCAACCGGAAUGUGCAGCGUCUAACGGAAUGUGUUCUCUACCUGCCCCUGACCCCUCGGACAUUCCGGGACUUUCAGUUGGAACACAAGAAGGUGUUCAGCCCCCGGACAUCACGAGCACAAUAGGACUGAUUCACACUGAUGGGAUGCUUGUGGUUGCAGAAGGGGAGCAGGAGCAAAGGCCUGCUGACCUUUUAGAGCAGGUUGCAUUCACAGACAGGCCAACAGACUCUAGAGACACAUCUGGACCUAUGAAACCCCGGCGGCAGUUCACGGUAGAACCAGACAUUGUAGCCAGCACCAAGAAGCCUCCGCCCUCAAGACCACCGCCUCCCACUGGAGGUCCUCCACCUAGACCGCCCCUACCAUCCUCUUGGCAGGGUCUCCCUUCCAAGAAGUCUCUGGAGUGUGUCAAACCCUGUGGGCUUGAAGUGAGUGCUGUUGUCAGCGACCCUCUAGAACCGUCUGGUCUGGUGUCUCCAAGUAGCACUGUGAGGAGUCUGACCAGAGAGCUGCAGCACUCCUUGGAUCUGGCCAGUGCCACCAGUGGUGACAAAGUGGUGACAGCUCAGGAGAAUGAGGAUGAAGACAUGUCAGGUCUGAGUGAAGGACAAGUACCAGACCCUCAGCGACCCCGAUCCAACUCUGGCAGAGAACUCACAGACGAAGAAAUCCUGGCCAGUGUAAUGAUCAAGAACCUGGACACAGGAGAAGAGAUCCCACUAAUACAAGCAGAGGAGAAACUUCCUGCUGGGAUCAACCCCCUCACUUUGCACAUUAUGAGGAGAACAAAGGAAUACAUCACGAACGAUGCAGCUCAGUCAGAUGACGAUGAGAAGUCGCAAGCUCCGCUGACAGACGCAGAUGGCGGAAAGCUGAAACAGAGAACAAGUCAGUUCAAGAAGUUCUUGGGCAAGUCGGUGAAAAAGGCCAAGCAUUUUGCAGAGGAGUACGGAGAGAAGGCAGUAAACAAAGUUAAAAGUGUUCGUGAUGAAGUAUUCCACACUGAUCAGGAUGAUCCAUCGUCCAGUGACGAUGAGGGGAUGCCGUACACCAGACCUGCCAAGUUUAAGGCAGCACACAGCUUUAAGGGUCCUUUUGAUUUUGAUCAGAUCAAGGUGGUGCAGGAUUUGAGUGGCGAGCACAUGGGGGCCGUGUGGACAAUGAAGUUCUCACAUUGUGGCAGACUUCUAGCAUCAGCCGGCCAAGAUAACAUAGUUCGAAUCUGGGUCUUAAAGACUGCCUUUGACUAUUUCAAUAACAUGAGGUUGAAAUACAACACUGAAGGCCGGGUGUCACCUUCUCCCUCUCAGGAAAGCUUUUGCUCCUCCAUGUCUGAUACUGAGGCGUGUUGCGCUCCAGAGGACCCCGACACGGAAGACAGAAAUGCUCCUUUUCGCCAGGUGCCCUUCUGCAAGUACAAAGGGCACACAGCUGAUCUAUUAGAUCUGUCCUGGUCAAAGAACUUCUUUUUGCUCUCGUCCUCCAUGGAUAAAACGGUCCGAUUAUGGCACAUAUCCAGACGAGAGUGUCUCUGCUGCUUUCAGCACAUAGAUUUUGUCACCGCCAUCACGUUCCAUCCCAGAGACGACAGAUACUUUUUAAGCGGCUCUCUGGAUGGAAAGCUGCGACUGUGGAAUAUUCCGGACAAAAAGGUGGCUCUGUGGAAUGAGGUGGAUGGUCAAACGCGCCUUAUCACUGCUGCCAACUUCUGCCAAAAUGGGAAGUAUGCCGUCAUCGGCACUUAUGAUGGACGAUGCAUCUUUUAUGACACAGAGCGUUUGAAAUAUCACACCCAAAUACACGUCAGAUCCACCAGAGGCAGGAAUAAAGUUGGGCGCAAAAUCACCGGUAUUGAACCGUUGCCUGGAGAGAAUAAGAUUUUGGUGACCUCAAAUGAUUCCCGCAUCCGACUUUACGACCUGAGGGACUUGUCUCUGUCCAUGAAGUACAAGGGUUACGUCAACAGCAGCAGUCAGAUUAAGGCCAGCUUCAGCCACGACUAUUCUUUUAUCGUCAGCGGCUCAGAGGAUAAAUACGUGUACAUCUGGAGCACUUACCAUGACCUGAGCAAAUUCACAUCUGUACGGCGGGACCGCAAUGACUUCUGGGAAGGGAUUAAAGCACACAACGCCGUGGUCACAUCUGCCAUUUUCGCGCCUCACCCAGGCCUCAUUGUCCCACAAGAGAGUGGUGCGGAAAAACCAGAAGCGGAGUGCAAGAGCCUGGACUCUAAUGAGUCUGAAACCAUUCCCUCAGGUGCACUAAAGACCGAUCACACGGAGGUUCUGCUGUCGGCAGACUUCACCGGUGCCAUCAAAGUGUUUAUCAAUGUAAAGAAAUACUGACCUGUCAGGUGACCACUCUCACCCACAAGGGUUGGAUCACGGUUACGGCUCCCGAGUGCGAGAGUCGCAGUUCUUUUCAUCUUGAGUACCAGGCGACCGUGCGUAGUUUGGCAUUGAUCAAAAACUGUAAUUGCUGACGUAGUUUAAGUUGUGUUUUAUCAGGUGUGGCUGACUGACGUCUGUAUGGCUCUGGUGCAUACAGCACCCUCUUUAACAGUAAGCCACACGUUUCAAUGUGUCUCGGAAAUAUGGUGACAGUGAACAAAUGUUGAGUCACCAAUUAUUUGUGCCUACAAACAAUGUAGAUGGCUUUUUUUUUUUUUUUAAAUGUUUCAGCUUCUCAAAACGUCCACAGCUGACGAUACAGGAAAUCUGUGUUUAUUAUUGUUAAAUAGUACUUUUGAGAAACACUACUGUGUCUACGUUUGAUACAUUUCACUUAUAUUAUCUGUAGAUUUACUAUGUAACAUUGCACAUUAAUGCUUUUCUAAGCAACUUAACGCUCUAUUGAUGUCAAUAAAAGUGUAUGUUGAUAAUAUUUUUAAGCAGAGUUGAUGCAAGUCACAAACAAAUAUAGAAUCACUGAGAGUGAUUUAAUGUCUGAACAUUGCACAUUUCAUGUUUUUUUAAUAAACAAACAAACAAAAAAAAUAUAUAGUUGAUUAGUGUCCAAAUAUGAUACAAAAGAGAUCAGAAUUGUUGUGUUUGGGACCAAGACAACGGAGCACUGUGCAAGUCCACAGUCAAUGUUUACUCUUCUUUGUCUUCUUAUGGGAGCGAUGUGGGGACUGUGACCUGGACCUGCGUCCCCUUCGGUCUGGAGAUGGAGAUCGGGAUCGUUUGGAUUGUCUAGAAGAUACGACAAUAACUUUAAGAACAGCAGUCAUGAUGAAUACCGUAUAUUGUUGGCACUUGCUUUAAAGGAGCGAUGCUGUUGGAUUUAUGGCUGUGCUUGUCUAAAUCCCGACUCAGUUGUCUGUCUCCAUCUUCGCUUCUUUUGCUCUUCUUUCUGUCCUUUCUGUCGUCUGUUGAUCUCUCUUUAGAUUUGGAUGUUGGUUUCUCUGGCUUUGCGUCAUCAUCUGUUUCGAACUCCUUCAGUAAACAGGAUAAAAAGCCACGCUUGUUCAUUAUGAAUUUUCACCCACUAAACUAGUUUUAUGUGUUUCUCUAAUUGUACUUAUUUGCACUUUUGUCACUGGCCAACACAGCAUUUGUAAUUAAAGGAGUAUUUAUCUUA